CACGUCGUUAUUCAAGAUACAAUAAACCUAUUAAUAAAGACCACUUCUCUUCCAAGGGUAUGCAAAGGAGAUAUUUCUACUUCUCUUUUUCACAGGGAAGGUGUAUUGGUCGCGUUACUAGCUUCCCAAUCUUUGUUGUCAUUGUAGUAUAUCUGCCUCCUUCAGACAAAGAUUAGCCAUCUGUGACUAGGUCUUACCUAGGUAACGUUUGGUAUUCUGUGCUUAUCUUCACUAAAACAGAAAUCCAAAUGUUACGAACGUCACUUCAUCUGCAACUGUCGAAAUGGAAACUCUUCCAUCGGUUGGUCCAUUCCGAAGCUGUGACUUAUGCUGAACAUGGUGAACCCGACCAAGUUCUGCGUUUCUCAUCAACUCCACUGAAACCUUUUGCAAAUGACGAAAUUUUGGUGAAAGUAUGUGCAGCUCCAAUUAAUCCAUCGGAUAUAAAUACCAUACAAGGUACUUAUCCAAUAAAACCAAAAUUACCCGCUGUUGCUGGAAAUGAGGGGGUGGGCAAAAUUAUUGCAUGUGGGAAAAAUGUGAACAAUUUUUCUGUGGGUGAUUCAGUUAUUCCUUUGGAAUUCGCAUCAGGCACUUGGCAGACAUAUUGGUGUGGUAAAGCUGAUCGAUUUCUUAAAAUAAAACAUCCUAUCCCUUCGACGCAUGCUGCUGUGAUAGCAAUCAAUCCAAGCACUGCUUUACACUUGCUCAAAAGUUUUGCGGAACUCCAAAAGGGGGAUACUAUAAUCCAAAAUGGUGCAACAAGUGCAGUUGGAGUAUACGUUAUUCAAAUAGCAAAAAUACUAGGAAUUAAUACAGUGAACUUGUUUCGCGAAAGAGAAACAACUAAAGCCACUGAAGAAACCCGUGAUCUUCUCAAAUGUUAUGGAGGUACAUUGUGUCUCACAGAAGCUGAAUAUAUGGAAAAGGCAAAAGAAAUGGGUCCUUUUAAACUUGCUUUAAACUGUUUAGGAGGAAAGCCUGCAUCCCUUCUGGUAAAAAGUCUAGAUCAUUGUGGAACAAUGGUUACAUACGGUGGGAUGACACGUAAUCCAAUGCCAUUACCUGUUGGUCCUUUUAUUUUCAAAGACAUUCAUUUACGCGGUUUUUGGCUGACGAAUUUUAACCGACAUCAAUCUGCGGCACAACGACAGCUUACUAUUGAUCAACUAUCGAAAUGGUUCUCAGACAAACUUAUCAUACCUUCACCGUUCGAAGAAAUCCCUUUCCAAGAUUGGCGUAAAGCAUUGAAUAUGUCACUUUUUAGUGACUCAACACCUGCAAGUAUCAGGAGAAAACCUAUUUUAAUUAUGGAAUGACACUGUAUUGUUGUAUAGAUUUUCCUAGUCAUAAUAAUAAUUAUCUGUAAACUUGCAAUCACCUGUGUGUAGAUUUUAUUCACACUGAUAGGUAAAUUUUACUCUGGGAAUUUAAUUUAUUAUUUUAUUUUUUACUUGGAAUUGAUUUCAGUGUGACUUAUCACGGUGUCUCUUUUUCAUUUCAACCUUUGUACAAUUUCCAGUAUAAUGUAUGAUAUACAAACGAUGAGUACAUUUAUUUCGUCAUAGUAACAACUUGUUAAAAAAGAAGCAUUUCUAAUAUUUAAGAAGAAAUACUAUAGGU